AUGAAACCGCCUUCCACCGAAGGUUCAAACACUCCAACCCCAAAACGCCAAAGAUUCGCCCCCGGUGAACAAUCUCAAAGUCCUGCAGCUACACCUUCGAAGGAUCUUGAGGCCAUCACGGCUGCUCUUGCAGCGGAGGAAGAGAAACGUAGGGAAGCUAUUGCGCGACAGGCUGCGGAAUCAGGCGAAACGGAAUGGGUACUCGAUUUUGGUGCUGAGGAUCCUGUAAACCAAUAUGCUCCGCCACCCUUCAUUGUUGCCAAUGAUUCUCUCGACGUUGAUGACGACGAUGACUUGGUAUAUGGGGGAAGACAGGCGUAUGGUAACUUCAAACGGAAGAAGAAGAUUGAGACACGCAACGCGGGCGGUGAUGAGUCUGGUUCUGAAGAGGACGAGGAUGAAGACGAAGAUGAUGUCGAUUCUAUGAUCAACAAAGCAAGAUCAAAGGCCUCGAAACAGCCUCCGAAGGUCAAGCUAUCGAAGUUAACGAGUAUAUCUGGUGGACGUCAAGGUUCCGUUGGAGGCAACAAGUCUCAGAAGAAACGCAAACACAAAUAA